AGCACAUAUCUUGUUUUUUGGGUUAUGCCAGCAGUCUACUUUAGACCGAAGAAAGUUUGCAACAACUAUUGUGCUAGAAUUUGCUGAAGGAUUGAUCAAGCAAGCCGGCUGUGAGACGAGAAAAUAG